ACGGCUUGUGUCGAGCCACCAGGGCAGCACAGAAGUCACAGCUUCCUGUCGAAAUUUGCGAUUUAUAUGGCGAUUAAGUGAACAAAAUGCUACAUAAUUAGCUUGUAUCGUUUUCACAACUUUUAAAAAUUGCUGUUUGACUCGUUUGAGUUUUCCAGAGCUCCCGGAAGCUGCCAGAAAUGUCUGACAAGAAAAAAGAAGAUUCUUUGCACAUUCAUGGCAAAUACCCAGAUGCAUGCCUGCACAUAUUUCAUGAGGUGUUUGAGGCAAAUUGUGUCUGUUUGUUUACAGAAGAAGAACCGGUAAAAGUGUCCUACAUUUUCCCAAAUGGGGACAGAUAUGAGGGGGAGUGCAGCAGAUCUGAAUGUGGAGCGAUGGUGAGGAGUGGUACCGGGAAACACACCUCCGCAGACGGUGUCACCUACAUCGGAGAGUGGCAUCAGGACAAGAUGAAUGGCAGAGGGACCUUGCAGCAUCCAUCUGGGGCUUUAUAUGAAGGAGAAUUCAAAGACAACAUGUACCACGGCACAGGAACGUACACCUUCCCGGAUAAAACAGUGUAUAAAGGUCACUUUCAUGAGAACAGGUUGAAGGGAGACGGGGCCUUUAUUAACCCACAGGGACUGGUUUGGACGGGCGAGUUUCACGGAAAAGCAGCGCUGGGCCUCAGAAUGCAACACAACGUUUAAGCAAAAGAAGCAUUUUUGCACUGCUGUGUACAAAACAUCACAUUAAAAUUAAAUUGUAAUCAAAAAAUACUCACAUGCAUUUGUAUUUACUGUGCUAAAUGCUGACAGAUAGACCCAUGUUUCUGCCCACAUUCAAAGAUCACACAUCCAUGUAUAUAUAUAUCAGCAUAGUAGUGGGUAAAUAUCUGUGAAAUCAGUGAGUCAUGUCUUCUGAGUCACUUUCUCAGCUCUAUCUCCUGUUGGACUAGUUGCACUGAACUGAUACAGCGAGUGUCGCUUGAUUUCACUCAAGAAAUAUCACACUGGGGUUAUUUUUGCUCCGGUCCCUUGUCACUGUGCUUGUAACUGUGAGAGCACUUCCCCCAGAAAUAUUAGCUUUCAUUUCAUUAGCCACUGUAAUUACUGCUACUCUACUUCUAACACAACAGGCUUUAUCUAUCACUCACUCCUCCUUGAUUUCACCGUGAGAGGGAAGGACGGGCACAGGGGAGUUUUACAUCGUUCAGCUACCAGCCAAUCACAGAGCGGGGAGACGUUCGCAUCACCAGCAGCGAUGCCCAAACUGCUGGAAC